CGGUGCAGUAGCGCCGAGCGCCCGACAGCAGCUCCAGGACAGGAAGGCGCAGAGCGGACCUUGUUUACCCGCCGCCGCGAAGGAAACGCUGCACACACACACAGCCUUUGUCUGGGGAGCGAGCGCCGCACCGCAUCGCAUCGCUUCGCAUCUUGGCCGCCGGCGCCGGUGACAUUACGCUGCCGAGCGGCUUCCGCGGUUUUGUGCUACUUUUCCCCCCUACUGCUCGAAGAAUGUCUUGAUAGAACUGCACAGCCGUUUCCGAUCUUUCGGCGUUUCCACAAUGAUCGUUUUCUCCCUCUGAAGACCCCUUCCGUGUGCGUGCAUGGAAAUAGAUAUUUAAGAAUCACAUGAUCACAGUUUGAAGCCGAAAAACUGGAAGACAGGAAAAAUUGUGCUUCUCUUUUUGCUGGGUCAGCUCUCUCCAUGGUGGCAGUGUCGAAUUCUCCAUACGGUACAAAGCACGGCUGCUACAGGGUGCUGUAGAUUUCGGUGACUUAAAUAUUUUAAAUUUUUGGAUACGGUUAGGGUGUAGCAGGAUCACAUUUCUCCUAAAUUGCUGAUUGGCAUUAGAUGUGUGGGAAUAUGCUCAUGAAGGAGUACCGGAUCUGUAUGCCAUUGACAGUUGAAGAGUACAGAAUUGGACAACUGUACAUGAUCAGUAAACAUAGCCAUGAACAGAGUGAUCGUGGAGAAGGUGUGGAGGUGGUGCAGAAUGAACCAUAUGAAGACCCAAAUUAUGGGAAUGGGCAACUGACAGAAAAACGGGUUUAUCUGAACAGCAAACUUCCAAGUUGGGCAAGAGCUGUUGUCCCCAAAAUAUUUUAUGUUACAGAAAAAGCAUGGAAUUACUACCCAUACACAAUUACAGAAUACACGUGUUCAUUUUUGCCUAAAUUCUCCAUUCACAUAGAGACAAAAUAUGAGGACAACAAAGGAAGCAAUGAUAAUAUAUUUGAUAAUGAAGCCAAAGAUCUUGACAGAGAAGUCUGCUUUAUUGAUAUUGCCUGUGAUGAAAUUCCUGAACGUUACUACAAAGAAUCAGAGGAUCCGAAAUACUUCAAAUCGGAGAAAACUGGCAGAGGCCUAUUAAAAGAAGGCUGGAGAGAGACUCAGGAGCCCAUUAUGUGUUCCUACAAGCUGGUGUCUGUGAAAUUUGAAGUGUGGGGACUUCAAACACGAGUAGAACAGUUUGUUCACAAGGUGGUCAGAGAUAUCUUGCUGAUCGGUCACCGACAGGCUUUUGCAUGGGUGGAUGAGUGGUAUGACAUGACUAUGGAUGAAGUCCGAGAGUAUGAACGAGCAACUCAGGAAGCCACCAACAAGAAAAUUGGGAUCUUCCCUCCUGCGAUAUCAAUCUCUAAUAUCUCCCUCCCUUUUUCCAUCCGCAGUGCUCCUUCUAGUGCUCCUUCUACACCUCUAUCCACAGAUGCGCCCGAAUUCUUAGCAGUUCCCAAAGACCGACCACGGAAAAAAUCUGCCCCAGAAACUCUCACACUGCCGGAUCCAGACAAAAAGGCUCUCUAAUCCCAGCAUGUUUUCUUAUGACAAGCCAUGACUGACAGAAUAGCAUUGGCAAAGCUCAUGGUUGUUGCUUUAUUUAAACAAAUUUUCAUUGGUCUGGAGGUAUGCCUCCCCCCCCCACCCCACUCAGGCUGUCCCUUAAACUAGUUAGCUAAAUGCAUGCAAGAACAUAGUUCAUGUGCUCUGAUCCCCAAACUAAAGCUCUAAGCCAUAUUGAUGAUGUUGCUAUCAACAAAGAGUGAAAUUGCUUGCAAAUCAAACAAAAGAUAUUCUGAUAUGUAAAAUAAUAUUUACAACAGAAGAUGUUACAGGAAAUUAAUCAAGCUGGCAAGGACAUCUCAAGAGAAUGAGGUCCUGUUUAAAGACAGGUUCAAAUGACAACAUUUCUCAUUUCAAGCCAUUAUAUUUCAAUUUCUAAAAUCCUUUUUACUCUCAGGCCAAGUGCACCUUAAAGUAAACCUUUGAACUGCUAUUUGCUGAUCAACACUUGAAUACCAACAGUAAUUAUUCAGAUUCCUGUUUUACUGAAUAUAACUCAGGAUUUGGGGUAUAGCUAAUGCACACUUUAAGCUUUUCAAAAUUAAAGAACCAGUGUGCUACAGCUCUGGGCUGUAAGUCAUUUUGCUUAUUUUGAGACCCUCGAACUAUUUGUAUCUUCCACAAAAUUUGUAACUCCUUUUUAUUGUGUGCUGUUGUAUAGCUUUUCUGUGUUGGUAUUUGAGUGUCUUGUUGCAGGGAGAAAAAUGGGAACAUAAGCAAUGAAUUAGCCUACAAUGCCUAGUCAAAUAUGGUUAUCCAAGCCCAAGGCUGAUGGAUUCAAACUGCCAGAACUUCUAUGAAACCUGCUAAAACUCCUGAUUCAAAAUCCCAUUAAAACUUAAAAGGAGAAAUUCAAUCCAUUUUUCACAAGGUUGUGAUGAGGCAUUAAGCUAUUCUAGGCUAUAAAGUUUCCCCUUCUGCUAAUGAGAGAUGAAUGGUCAGCAGCUGAGUUGACAUUUUGCAGAAAGCUUUGUUAGUCUAUUGCAGAAAAACAACAGACCUGUGGCACCUUAAAGAGUAGCACAUUGUAGCACAUCUUUAAGACGCCACAAGACUUUCUGUUGAUGUGACAGAUCUGCUUGAUGUAAGAGAAUGUGCCUAUCUAGAGUAGGGGUAGGGAAAUAAUGGCAGACCUUGGGACAAAUCAAGAUUUCUGAGGGGUGUUGCCUAACAGCUCACUUAACAAACCAUAGAAAGAGCUUUCAGGCUAGAAAAAGGAGCGGCAGCAGCAGAGAGGCAAACAAGAAAGGGAGCCUUUUAAAUUUACUAGCUUCCUUUUCUCUAUCUUCACUAUCAUAUGUGGCAAUGGGCUACUUCAGCUCUAGACAAAAUGAACAGAGUAUUUUAACUGGUAGACCCUGGUUUGUUUCAUCCUGUCAUUGGAGAGAAGCUUCCAAAUGAGGAAAAAUGAUUUUUUUUUCCUCAGAGAUUUUUUUAAAGAUCUCUCUGCCACCUGAAAAAGGUUAUUCUCUUGGCCAUUCAUCUGCCUGAGUUAAUAAUAAUUAGAAGGCAGGGAUAAGGGGAGCAUUCAGUAGGCGCCCCGAGGCUUCGGCGAAUGGGGCGGCAUAAAAAUGUUUUAAUAAAUAAAUAAAUAAAUACCCUAAAACCAGACAUCAAGGUCAGAUAGGAUUUCCUAUGCUGAAAUUCCCAUGACAAGACAAUAAUAAUGCAUUGUGAUGCUGCUUCAUGAGUAAAAUUUUGAAAAGAGCUCUUAACAGCCUAAACUACCUCAGCCAAAUGCGGUGGAGAGGUAUAUAAGCCCUUGUUCUGUUCAAGACCAGGAGAGGCCCAGUUUCAGCUCAUCAACAGGAGAAAUACAGAGAAGGGCAAGUAAAAUGAUCAAGGGGUUGGAACAACUUCUGGGA